CUGGUGAGCACCCAAAAAUAUUUUUACAAAUUCCUGGAAAUUCUUGGUUUUAUUGACCAUGCGGCCACAAUGCAUCCGUCAAAUGUAAGAGCGUCGCAGCCUUUCCAGCCUAUGGCGCAUCAGUAUCCUAGAUUCAACGCGCCCAGGCGUUUUGGUCAAACCCCGCGCGCUUCACUGCCUAAGAGAUCUGCCAAUGUACCGGUGGAGAAGCGGAAGCUGUCCCCGAAGGCACAAGAGGGAAACGGAAAGAAGAGCAAGCAGCAGGAGAAUGAGAAGCUAGAGAAGAUCCACAGAGAGUUGAAGGAGAUCCUGGAAAACACAGAGAACGACAAUAGCAUAAUCGCCCUGAUGAAGUACAUCCAGCCGAGCCAGCAAGAGACUCAUGAUAUACUCAUGAGGGUGACGGACGAUAUCAGGACGGUGUUGUCGAGGUCUUUCAUGUUCUUCGACAUUUAUCCCUUUGGAUCCGUGGUGACAGGACUGCUGAUGAAGGACAGUGAUCUGGACUUCUACGUGUGCCUCCCAGAUCCAAUACUCCAGGAAAUCGAUCAGGUGUUGCGAAACGUGGAGAGGAAUCUGUGGAGGAGUCGCAUGUUCACCAAAGUUAUAAGGAUUCCACGUGCUCGCGUGCCUCUGCUCAAGUUCCUACAUUCUGACCUCAAUGUCUAUUGUGAUGUGAACUUCACGAAUUCGAUGGGCAUCCACAGCAGCGCCUUCAUCCAGCACCUAAUCCAGCUGGACUACCGAAUCUACCCUUUGAUGAUGGUGGUGAAGUUCUGGGCGACCCUGCAUAAAUUGAGCGGCACCGGGAGGAUCACAAACUACUGUCUCGUCAUGAUGGUGAUAUUCUUCCUGCAGUCGCUGCCCAAAGCGCCUCUUCUUCCUCCAGUGGAGGUGUUCCAGCGCCAUGUGCCCGUGAUGGGAAUCGGCGGAUGGAACGCGGCCUUUGACCGGUCGCUAAAGUAUUCUUCAGGGAACAUGAUGUGUCUGAGCAAGCUUUUGGGUGAGUUUUUCACCUUUGUCGCCAAUUUUGACUACGUGAACCUUAUGAUGUGCCCACUGUUUGGCAAGGCGUACAAGAAGGAGGACUUUUCAGCAGCUGUUGAACCGCCAGAAGGUUUCGAGCUGUACAGGGCUUACGUUCUGGAGAAUCCCGAGGACACACUGCAGAAUCUCAAGCCUCUGUGUGUGCAGGAUCCGUUCGAGCUGAAGAUGAAUAUUGGAGGAUGUUGUGGAGAAAAGCACCUGAAGUACUUCAUCACUGCUGCCACUGCUGCGGCCAGGAUCUUUGAACAAGGCAAUCUCAACAACGAGAACUUGUCUCAGACGCUGAUGAGUCUCUUCUUCGAGAAAUUCUUAGCAGUGCCUAUGAAGAAGAACACUCAGAAGGGGAGUCACAAUGCGUUUCUCUCCAUUCCUGGCGUGCGCUCAAAGAAUCUCCUCAAUCUCACACUCAUGCCGUCGAAGGCGGAGUUGAAGCUGCUGAAGGAACUCGUGCAGCGCAACAACAUAAACUCCUUGGAGGCGAUAAAGGAGAUCAACAAGUUUUGGGUGGACAUAAUGGGGAGAUUUAUCGUGUCCAUUUUCAAGGAAAUCUACGUGAUGCAGUUGACAUUGGACUCACAGCCGGGAAACAGCAACAGUACCUCAUCGGAUUACCCGAAAGUCUUCCUCGCCAGCACGGAAGUGAAUGUGUGGAGCAACAGAAAGACACCAGGGGCCAACACUGCCAGAGAGGCUGAGAUUUCGGAGACAAAACGCCUCCAGGAGGCCAUUCAGGGACCGGAUCCGCUGAAAUUCAGCCUCGUCCUCAACACGAACAACAUGUACGAGUACCUGCAGGUGUGCUGUAUUGACAGGAUGAUGGUGAGAAACAAUCUCAGGGACUUUCACCAGCACUUUGUGAAAAGCGUGAGGACAUUUCUGAACGCGUACCUUCACGACUACAUGACCAAGUCCAAGGAAGACGCAACAGUUGUCCAGGAAUCUGGCCAAGAGUGAGGUAUUUUUUUCUAAAUUGUAAAAUACACUUUUUAAGGUUUUCAUUUGUAUUCAAAAUGAAUUGAUUGUGAAUAAGAAGAAUUUCAAAUUUUAAUGUUAAUGAAGCAAAUCUUUAUUCUC